AUAGCGCGAGCGCGCAAAACUUUUUUCUUACUGUGAAGGCAGAAACUUCAGUCACGAAUUCGAAACAAGAGUUCUAACGCGUAAAGAAAGAAUCUCCAGAGUGACAACUGAAGCCGCCAGUGAGUGACUUUGUGUUACAGGCGGGCGGGGCCGUUCAACGUCGUUGUGCUUUAGCAAUCCAGAGCGAAGCGCCACUUCCCUAACUGCCGUGUUCCCGUGGACAACAAAUCAUGACGGUUGUUCGGCUGGCAAAUCACGGCGCGGCUCCCAUGGGCAGCCUUGUCUUUUUGAUUCUUCACCUGCUGGUUCAUCAAGGCUCUUCAUCUUCUUCUACGAAGAUCCACACCAUCAAUGGGAAAAUUGGAGAGCUGGCAGUCCUGCCUUGCAUGGAUGGUGAGACUCAUCCAAACCCGAGGGACAUGCGCAUCUACUGGCAGAUAAACGCCCAUAUUGUGGUGCACAUGUACAACAAGGGCGAGGACGAAGUACACCACCAAGAUGAGAAGUACAAGGGCCGCACCAUGCUGUUUGUAGACCAGCUCGAGAAGGGCAACUACUCUCUUCAGAUAACUAACAUCACGCUGGCGGACAGAGCGGAGUACACGUGCCUCUGCAAUGAGCAUUUGGAGCUCUCCAAAGUGAAACUCCAGCCUGUUGCAAGUUUCAUUGAUCCUGUGAUUUCGGUUGAUGAACCGCGGGUCAAUAACCAGGCCUCCAGGAAUGCAAGCUGCAAGUCUCACAGUGGCUACCCAAAACCAAACCUGUAUUGGACCGUGAGGAAUGGGAGCACAGUGGAGCAUCCAGAGGCGACUGGCACAGUGAUCACACAAGACCCCGACACCCAACUGUACAACAUCAUCAGCUACAUCACUUUGAAUUACACCAAUGGGAGCAUCAGCUGCACCGUCGAAAAUCCCCAACUUGGAGAAAACCAGACAUCCUCUGAGUGGAGUUUGCUCCCCGCUGAUCCACAGCCAGGCUCCUUUAUCAAGGUGCUGGUGGCCUCCCUUUUUGGGGCAGUUGUCCUACUUACAAUUCUGGGAUUGGUGGUGAAGUGCAAGUGCCUUCCCAAGAAAGGAGGCCAGAGGGACAUCCCAGCGGAGCUGCUGUUGGACCACAUGACAUGUCCUCAGGAGAACGGCACUGGAGGUCACCCCCAAACCCAGGAGACUGUCGUCAUGUUAAAGAACGACAUGGAGACAUAAACGCGAGGGUCCCGCCGCCUGUAGGUGGCGCUGCUCUCAUGCACAUUGAAUUACUGCGAGGAGCCCCGCUCGUGGCCGCGGACUGAAGCCGGCAGUUUUCGGAGCGCAUCGUCCUCGUUUGGCUCCACACCUCAAAGCCCAGGUGGGCCUGAUCAGCUCACGCACCGUCCUUUUACUGUCUGCUCCUCUGUUCUUUUCUCGCAUAUAAAAGCCUGCAUUGCUGUUGGAGGACAGGAGAAGACCAACGCUGGGCAAUUCCUAACAGGCGAUCUUCGUUAUUUAACCAUCCGCUCCGACGUUCCUCUGAGCUCACUGUUACAGCUUUGGACUUCCUUCAGACUUUACUUCACCCUGCAUUUUGAAAUUCAGUCGGCUUUCAGUGAAGAGCAGUUUAUUUGAUUAAUGCUUGGCGAGCGAAGUCUAAAAUUUCACCAGCAGGUGGCGCUGCUGCAGCAGCCUUUCGGGUGGAGUGACGCUGUCGGCGGACUCGACAUGCGCUUCCCACUGAGGUUGCGCGCUUUCACUUCAUGUUAAUUCAUUUAAGGGAAAAAAAAUACUGGGAUCAGGAAAAACUGGCUUGGCGAUGGCAAUUAGUGACUCUGAGCUGUUGGGAUGCAUUGGGAUAGGAGCCGG